AAACGUGACAGUAAAUCGUCACGCUCGAUGCUAAAUGAGCAUCGAAGAAUAUGCGAAAAUGUCAAAUGAAAAAGAAAACACUGUUUUUAUUGACUGUAUCGAAAGAUACUUGCGUGUGUAGAAAUUAUACAGAAUUAUGGGUUCAGAGUGAGAAUUUUGUUGGUGACGUUGAAAGGCAAGAAUAUUCUUGAGAUCGUUGAAGAAUCACAAAACAAAUCUCGCAAAUACGCAGUUUAAAAUCUCGUUCGGCGUGCGUUCAAAACGACUCGCAUGCGCAGUGUCAGUCACUGUGCACAUGCACAGCUGCAGUACACGUCAAAUUAGAAAGGUUAAAGCAGACAGCAUAAAUAAAAUCUGUAUUUACAAAGCAUAAAAUCACGAUUUAAAACGGUCAAUUGCAAAUCAUUGAAAGUGGCAUUGAUCCUUUCUUUAUUUAAUCGAAAUUUCAUUGAAGAUAUGUAUUUUUAAAACUGUAUUUUUAUAAUUGAAUUUAAUGCAUGGUCUACUACUGAUGCUCGAUAAGAUAAACUUUUGCAUUCUUAAACACUAUAAGUGGUUGAAUAUUAAUUUUUUCUUAUUAUUAUGACUGUUACUUCUUUUACCGAUAUACUUGGUAUGCGUAUUCAAUGAAUUGCUGGAAUGAAAAGUAAAUUAUUCAAGGAUUUUACAUUCAUAUGAUUUUAUCAAACUUACAAGAGUAUGUGGAAUGUAUUGAAUUGUAAUUCACAAUGUUCAAAUUGGAAUCAUAUAUAACACCAGUAAUCCUCAGUUAUGUUGAAAAAUAUGUGAAAAAUUUUAAACCAGAACAAUCUCAGGUUUCCUUAUGGGGUGGUGAUGCAUCAUUUCAAAAUCUUGAUCUAAGGCUAGAAGUUUUGGAAGAACAACUGAAUCUUCCCUUUGUUUUCGUUAGUGGUCAUAUACAUGAAUUACUUAUUCAUGUUCCUUGGGUAAAAAUUACUUCGGAGCCAAUUGUAAUUACCAUUAAUACAAUAGAAUGUAUUUUAAAAUUAAAAGAUGAUAAUAAAGUGGAGACCAAUCCUACCUCCUUACAAAGAAGGCAAGAGAUAUCACAGGAAGAAGCUCCUCCUGGGUACAUAAAAAGCAUAGUAACAAAAGUUGUAAAUAACAUAACAAUUAAUUGUAAUAAUUUAAUCCUAAAGUAUGUGGAAGAAGAUAUAGUUCUUAGUGUCAAUGUCAGAUUUUUAAGCAUGCAAACUGUUGAUAACAAAUGGGAACCAGCAUUUACUGAUGUCAAUGCAUAUGAAGUUAUGCUUAGAAAAGUUAUUACUAUUCAAGAUCUAACACUAUGUUUAGAUAAAAUGGAUGCAUCUGGAAAAAUAGAAAUAUAUCAGGAUCCUGUUCUAUAUCGAUGUUCAGUUAUAAUACGUUUAAUUAUAAACUAUCACAGUAAUACUGCAAGGAAAGCUUCUAUUACACGAUUAGACCUUCAUUGUCAAAAAAUGGAAUUCAGUAUAACGGAACAACAAGUACCAAUGUUACUUAGAUUAGCUGCCUUAAUAAUGGCUUUGCAAACAAAACAAUUUCCAAUUAUCAAAGAAAAAUCAUUAAUUUCUGCAGAAGAAAGAGAAGAUAGUAUACAAGAUGAUACAGAUCAUGUGAUUGGAACAGCUACAGACAGUACAGGAUGGGGUGGAUGGGCUUGGAACAUGAUGUCAUCUCUGUUACCUAUUGAAUGGGACAAUGACUGGUCUACAGAGCAGCAAAUGGCUUAUUCUGGACAUACCAUUCAUUUAGGCAUAUACGUACAAGAUGCAACUUUAACUUUUAAGACAGUCGAAAAUGUUAAGGAACAAUUGUUUUAUAAAUCUCGUAAGCUUCGAUAUAAAUCGUUUUUAACAUUGCGAUUAAAUGGUGUAGUAGUUGAUACAUUGCUCCAAGGAAUUGCAAUGACCAGUUUUCAAAUCGGAAUGGGCUACAUACGCGUAUAUCCAAGAGGAAGUUGUAGCUGUGGUCAUCUUGAAGUAGUCGAUGGAGCACAACCACCUUUGUAUUUAGUAGCUGGCAAGAUUAAUACUCGGUACUUAAAAGAUUCAUUAUUUGAUGAUGAAUCAGUGGAAAAUAAAGGCAAAAAACGGGAGUAUAGGCAAGGGAUAUAUUACUAUUUAUGCACAGCUUCAGAGGAGAGACUAAUAGAACGAUGUCCCGCGUUCUCCAUGGAUUACGUUCAUUGCGUCGAAUUGCCAGACGAUAUAACACCUGAAAAACUGGCAGAGUUUGGAUCUAAUUUUGAGUAUAGUAAUUUCCGCGAACGUAGAAUAAUGAGAUAUAUUAUAGGUGAUUUAACUAUUAGAUUAUGUUCUGGUGUUUUUCACCGUAUCGAAACAAUAAAACAAGCUGCCGCAAACUAUGAUUACAAUCCAUAUCUCGUUACGAAACCAGAUCCACUUGUGGAUGAACUUCCUCCAGUUACAUUGGAAGAAUACGAAGCACUAAGAGAAAAUGUAUCCAUGGUUGAGACAAAAUUAAUAAUAGUUAAAGCAUCGCUUCAAUUGCAAUUGGCGGAUCAUUCUAUUACCGGACUUCCACGACAACGAAAGAUAAUUGAAAGUCGAACGACGCCUUUAACACCUGCUCUUACAGACGAUCCUUUUAUGAGCAUUGAAUGUGACGAAGCAAUAGCAACUAUGCUUCAACCUUUAUACCCGUUUAGACUUGCAGCUUGUGCAUCCAAACAAACCGAUCUUCCAACUGAAAUGUUUGAUCAGUGUCAUAAGAUUAUUACAUUGCAGGUAAAUGGAGCAAGAAGUCAACUUUAUUUGACGAAAGAUUGUCACACAUCAAUAAUAAUGCCUUACUCUGUUGAAUGUAACAUCAAAAAAUUAUUGUACCCGCAAUAUUGGAGAAAUGUCGAUGUAAUACAUGAAACAUACGCGGCACAUAUUGACAGUGUUACAGUUACCGGAACAAAAGCGAAGUUAAUGGCUGCUGUAUCUAUCUUGACAUCAAUUUUUGAUUCUAAUGAUACAACCAACCCUCUUGUCUGUUCCUCUUUAUUUAGCGACGCUUGUCAAGAAACAAAUCCUGUAUAUCUGGAAUUGUUACUGGAAAAUAUAAAUUGCAAAAAGUUAUCAUCUCUGGUUACGAUAUCAAAUGAAUUGAAUAUAAGUUCGGUAAAAGUGUUUGCUCUUAAUGAGUCACAGCAAGCCUUUAUAUUUUCAGGGCCAGAAAGUAAUAUUUACGGUGAUGAAAACAAAUCACUAAUAACGAUUGUAAUACAAUUUCCACAAAAUAUUGAAAGACAAACGCAUCCACCUCUGAUUUCACUUCAAAUGGCAGAUAUCAGGGCUUCGCUUGAUCCGUUACUUUUUAAGUGGUUGGAAUAUCGUGUUACGUAUUAUAAUUUGGGUACGUUGUAUUGUACAACUCGACCCGAAGUCCAACAAUUUGAAGGGGCGUCUUCAGACACUGGUACGAAGAAAAAGACAUUCCCCAGUUUACACGAAAGUGUACACAGCUCCUCGGACAAGGAAAAACGAAAAUCCGUCAUAGCUACGGAAAAAUCGAAAACUUUACAAAAUGAUGAGAUUCAAAAAAAACAUGAUUCUAAAUCCGAAAGUGAGAAACAGAACUUACAGAAUUUGGGAAUAUUGGCCAGAUUAGCAGAACUGUAUCCAUGGUGGUGUGGGCUGGUAUUAAGUGGAUGUGUUGGACAUAUUGUUAUUUACAUACCAUCAAUUACAAUGAGUGGUAUUGGUGCAUAUGGUAUAGAGGAAGCCAAGGACAGAGCAUUAAAAAACGAUAAUAAAUUACAAAUACUGAUAAUAAAAUUACCUUCUCUUCUUAUUCAUUCAUCCAAUAUAAGUUUCGAAUUACUCGCACCGUAUCUUCAGGAAUUACCUGUUAAAUUACCGAGAUCAGUGUGGACGAAUAAAUUGCAAAGUUUCCCGUGGACACUGAGCCUUGUUGACUUCCAUUGUUAUAUGUUACAAGAGCACACCCAGAAAAACUUUAUUAAAAGGGUAUCGGUAAAUGCUACAGUUGCUCUUACAACUAAAGCCGUAACAUCCCCGUCUGGAGGAAGUGCGUUAGCUGCUUUAGGUGUUUGUGUUCAUAUUGAUAAUUCUCCCAUUAUUGUUUCGAUAUCCGAAGAACAGGUAGUUUUCACGAGUAAAAUAAUCUCAAAUAUUUUGAACGUACUGCGAGUUACUGUCAAUAAUAAUAAAAGUAUUGUAGCUAGUACUCAAAUAAGUACCGAGGCACAAGUAGUUCUUCCUAUCAUACCUCAGACUCCAUCUACACCAACACAAUUAUUAUAUCCCGAAGAUACAACUACAAAUUCGACCCUUUCAACAUCAAAAGAUGAUAGUACACCAGAUUCAGAAGAACUAGUUUUGACAGCAUGGAUUCAGUGGACCAUAACGAAAAUUGCGAUUAAAUUGUACGUGACAGAGAAAGAGACUUUAUCUUCAUUAAAAUUGGUACUUGAACUGGAAGAUAUCAUUACCUCUUUAGAUUUACAACCUGUUUAUUUCAAGCUAAAAAAUAAAGUUACAACGGCCACUGUAUUUCAUUAUACAAGAGCACCGAAUUCACCUACCUGGGAUAUCGGUGAGUACGUGGGUGCGGUUCUUUGUGGAAGAGAGGACAAUUUAGAGAAAGGUGAUGAUUCUGGCUUUUUAAGUUUCACUCUUACUAGAGCAAAAUCAGGAAACGUUCACACACGAUGGGGGACCUACAAACGACACAAAAGUCAAAAGUUUCAGAAAGACAUAAUAACAGAAACAACAUUGUCUGCUAGUAGUUACAUAUCUGAGAUAGUUAUAAAAAUACAAAUGGUGGAUAUAAUCUUACCUCUUACUAUAGUUAGUAAAUAUAUGCAAUUGGCAAAACCUUUUAUGGGUCUCUAUCAACCUAUUGAGAAAGAUACAAUCGAAAUUUCCGAACAAAGUAUAACCACAUGCUUAAAUAACAUUACUAGUCUUGAUAAUGAAAUGUUACCAUUAAUAUAUCUGGACUUUAAGGGACUUAGAUUAAUGCUACCAGUUUCAAAUAUAACGAAAUUGAAACCACAGCAUGAUCUAUUAAUGAUUCAAUUAGAUGGAGUUCGUAUCACACCUCAUGCAGAAAAUCCAAUUUGUAGAACUCCUUUGAGAUUAGAUAUAUAUCAACUCGCGGCUCAAGCAAAUAUUUUAAGUAUACCUGGUUCUGCUGUGGAAGAUCGGCAAUAUCAGAUUAAUAUAAAGAAUAUAUGUGCCCACACAACUACCUGGAAGAAUUAUCAAAUGACUAUAAAUAAGAAAAUGUCUCAAUCAUAUUUAUACACUAUGAACGAAAAUCCAGCAUUAGAAUGGAAUAAACUUGGACAUGGAAGUAGUUUAGAGCGACAAUUCUCCACACUUCCGCUUUUGUCAAAAUUCGAUUUGUGCUUGAUCAUUGCUCCGCCUGUUCUAUUUAAACCAGAUGUCACGGUGUGUGGAAGUGCAAUUGAAGUAAAUUGUAUCACAGAUAUCGAAGUAACAAUAAAUUUAGACCAAAUUCAGUUGAUUUCAAUAUUAAAUAACGAACUAAAGAACUUGUUCCUCGGAAAUUUCGAACGAGACAAAAAUACAAAUACAUAUAUCAGCAUAUCACAGAAGCCUCUUUCAACUGUGGGAAGUAUUAAACAAAUUACAUGGACAAAACAAUCUUCUGAUGACAUAGAUGUUGAUGUCACUAAGGAUAGCGGUAUAGAUUUUGAAACGUCUAGCAUAAAUUCAACAAUUAUUGGCAAGCCUAUCUCUGCGGAUACUUCAAUACUUUUACCAUUCGAAUUUCUGGUGAACUGUGGAAAAAUAACGUUCGUACUUUAUGACAUUCAUCCAGCAGUUACAGAGUAUGAAGUUGAUAUAAAUGAAGUUGAAGAGGAUGAGGGUGAAAGUCAGAAACAACCCCUUCUUUACACGAUGGUCAAUCAGCCAAAUAUUUAUUUUUCGCAACAGCAUCCAUUGCAAAAAGUACAAGUAUCUUGUUUCGAUAUAACAAUGGCACUUGGGGAUAAAGAUAACAAGGAAUUAAUUUCAAUACCAAGAGAAAAGGAUUUCAAAGUUUUUAUGAUUGAAACAAAAAACGGAGACUUACAUCCGGAUACAGGCAUUCCUCCAUCCUUCAUAACAAUGAAAUAUGAAAAAACUAUAGGAAAGAAUCCACAGUUCCUUAUAGAUGUCGGUAGACCUACAAAAAUUUAUUUCUCUUUGUCAAGACUGAAUCAGAUAUAUAUUAUAAAAAGUAAGAUAUUAUCAUGCUUUAUAAAACAAUAUGAAAUAAUGCCAGAACAAGACGAUAACAUGAAAAAAUCUUCAGUAAUGAAAUCGAAAAAGAUAAAUUGGCCUGACAUGAAUGUAUGUACAAAACAAAUCGUAGUAUCCCUCAAGACCGAUUCCGGAGCCGAAAUAAUAGCCAGUUUAGCUUCUUUAUCCGGGAAUAUUUCAUCUCUUCUUAGACCUGACAGAAUAUAUUCUAAUACGUCUGUAGAUUCUUUUAUCAUAUCGGCGAUUCUUAAUGGCAAUAUAAAAGUGCUUUUGAAUCCGUGGUGCUGUAAUAUUACUAUAUGCUUGCUUUGGGAGACUUGGUUGAAUGUCGAAUCUAUUCCUCAAAUACAAGUACAGGCAGAUAGUGAUAGUCUUUAUUUGGAUUUCGGACCAGAACAGAUGAAGAUUAUGAAAAAUGUUAUGGAAGAUGUCCAACUACUAUUAAAUGAAUUGACAAGAUCAUCUUCAAAGUGCAAAACUAACGAAAAGCAAAUUAUUCUGUCAACUGAGCAACAUUAUAAGGACGAUCUCAAAGCAGGUGCAUUCCAGUUUGUAAAUGGAAAUGCAGACGAACUACCUUUUCCGUAUCAAGUUAUUUUCUUCACUUGUCCCCAACAAUCAAUGGCUUGGAGAUAUCCUCAACCAAGAACAUUAACUAAAAUACACGUAUCCCCAGUACCAUUUGAAACACUGGAUUCUGACAGUGGAUACGUUGACAAAGUACUGUGCGCUCUCGAAUAUUGGAGCGACUCUCACAUGUCCUAUCAGCGAUACGCCGACUUUUAUCUGUCAGAAACAGAUUCCUAUCGUUUGGAGCUUCCUGAGAAGGCUCCAGCAAGGGCAGUAGCUUGCAUAUGGCGCGUAGUUCUAUUAUUAAACAAUAAUCGACCAUUCUCUAAAACCAUAAUCUCGGCCCGUGUUCUUGCCGCCUGUUUACGCAUCGAUUCUUAUUUCAAUUCUUCGAUUAUACCUAACAUACAAGCCGCGCUCAAUAUUGGCACUAUACACUUAUCAAUGUACAAUCAUCUUAGUACUCUUACAUACAACAAUUUACAGCCUCCCUUGAAGAAUUACGCUCUAAAAGGUACUGUACCCGAAACUCAAUGUUUCAUGACCUUAGAACAUAAAGGAGCCAUACUUGUACUUAAUAGAUGGAUUAACGGUUCAAUGUUGAUUGAUAUUAGCGGAACAUUUGGAGUGCACAUACUAGAUUACGGUCAUUUAACGAUGCAGGAAAUAUUAGAUCCUCUAGAGGCGAGACUUCAAUUGUCGUUAUCUGACAAAACGGACAUAUCUUUCACGUGCAGUCCAUUUGCGUUAAAGUUGAGCCCAACGAUAGCUCAUACGCUUGCAGUUUCAAUACACUUGUGGUAUUCGUCCUUGGAAGAAGAAAAUAAAACCACGAUUUUAUUCGCACGCUACGUGAUGGCUAACGAUAGCAAUGUGCCUAUACUUUUUGGUCAAAGUGGUACAGGAGACAAUAUAUUAUUAGAAAGUAGGCAGUGUAUCUUUUAUUCCUGGAGAAAUAUCGGCAACAAAAUGUUACGGAUAGCGAUAGAAGAAAAUAUUUGGUUGUGGAGCAAACCAUUUUCCGUCGGCACUGAUGGGAUUCAAGCCGUCGAGUUCAGUAAUUCUGUCACAAAAACGUCAGCAUUCGUAAGCGUUACGUCACUCUCAGCUACGCAGAAGCUUGUAACAUUCUCCGGCCAGCUUGUAAUUUCAAAUCAAUUGAUCGACAAUUUCGAAAUGAAGUUAGUUAAAUACGAAGCUGAUAUCGGAUCAAAGGUGACCGUGCUGAAAGAUAUAUAUCCUGUUUCUGGCAAAACUCGACCGCCCUCGGUUAUACUUGACGGAAGCAAAAAAAUGGCCAUACGUCUGCGAUUUACCAAUGUUCCAAAUUUAUCUUGGACGGGGGACAUUCCUCUUCAGCCCAAUGCGAAAUGGGGCCAGCCGUGGCUCGUUAAAGUUCCAUUACAAGAACGUGGACAAUUUUUAAGCAUCUGGGUACGAAUAAUAACGCAAACAAUUCAGGACAAAGUAAAAGUUCUGGCUGUGCUCAGUCCACUUUACAUGAUUCGCUCUCAUUUACCAGUACCAGCCAGAGUACAAAUGGAUACACCUUCGUUGAAAAUAUCUCUGAGCACAAUGGUGAAUGGUCGGGGUGAAAGACAGCAACUUUAUUGUCCUGGAACGUUCGAACAUUUCCAUCAGCUGACGUUUCAACUUGAAACCGGGGUUUCCACGUCUAAUCCGUACGUGCCAUUGUCAUACAGUUCUGUUGAUCAGAGAAAAUUCUUUAGAAGGCCCGAAGUCGAAGAUAUUGAUAGCAUCCUGCAAGAUCUUGAGACUCAGAAAGAUGAAACAGAAUGGCCGUUCCAAGGAGACGAGGUUGAAGAGUGGAUAUCCGCUGAACAGCCGCAGACACACGUGCAAGUGAAAUAUCAAGAUGCUGGAUUAGUUUCCAGUACUUUGCUGCUAGAAUUACAGCCCUGGUGCUUUAUAUUAAACUCCAUGGGCUGUCACUUGUCUCUCGUGUCAGAGGACAUUGAACUCUGUCAGAUUCCUCACUAUGGAAUCGUAACACCGCCAAAACUGGAAGGUACGUUUCACUUGUGCGUCGGUGUCGGUGAUACGUUUUACACGUCCCAAGCGUUGCAGCUAGCUCGACCUGAUUGGAGUCAAAGCUUCUACAUGCCUCGAAUCGGUGGUCUUAUUCCUGUUGAAGGAAACAUCAAGUCGUGCGUCGACUGUGGUUCAAGCGUUUCAAUCAUGAGCAUCAAUUCAAGUAUGCACGAGGAUAUGCGUCUUGUGCGCGUGAUGAGUAGCCACGUUAUUAGUAACUUAACAUCUCAGGAGUUGUGCGUAGCAACAUUGGCAGUACACGAGGAUGCAACUAGACUUGAACUGCCUAAUGACCUUACUCCCUACAGCCUCAAUAUUUCGCCAUCCGAAGACCAAAAACAAGGUAUUCCGAUUACACAAUGGUACACAUUGUAUAUGGAAGAUAUCAUAGAGCCCCUUGUGCUCUAUGUAUCUUUAAGCAUAGGACACAAAUGGUCGUGUCCGAUUCGAGUUGACCAGGGUAUGAGUCGUAAAUGCGUUGCUGUUCCCAAUGGUUCUAGCAGUAUGCCAGUAGUCAUCACGAUGCAGGAAGACAGGGGUACCAUGUACAUAAUGAUUCAUGUGGAUUAUCACCCUCAGUUGUUGAUUGAGAACACCUGCGCUUUCAAAGUUUUAUUAGGUCAAGCUAACGAAACGGCAGAGGCAAUAAUACCAGAUGCCUCGCAUUUUACAUGGAUUUGCGAAAUAGAAAGUAACGCAACGAGUCAUUAUUCCAUUCCAUCCGUGAGUAACAGGCUACCUGAUGCACCGCUUGCUAACACAUCAAAUAUACUGCUGUUCUCUGCUGUGACAAGCAGUCACAACGAAUCACAGACCAUCAGAAGUAAGGAAUUGCGAUGGUCGAGAGGUAUAAAUUUAUCCGCCAUAUCAAGCACACCAGUGGAUCAGUAUGUGCGUCUACCAUCUUAUGGCGAUGUAAAGUUAAUCAUGCAGAAUCGUUGUUACACCACCUACAUCAGUAUUGUUCCAAUAUCUCAAGUAGAAGUAUCCGCAAGGGACAUCCGAACUCGACUUCUGCAAAAAGAAAACGAGACAAAGGAUUUGGUAACGAUGCGUGAUAAAUUUACUUCUGAUCCGGAUGAUCAGCCAAUUAUAAAUGUACAAAGUUCUGAAAGCUCGACGUCGAUAACAACCUUCUUUUCGGCUCAAGACGAAACACUAAUUACAGAAACUAAAACUGCUUCGCAGCUAAAUUUAAAACAGAUAAUAACAGAUAUGGAGAGUGUAAAGAUCAAUGCAAAUGACGAUACAAAGGAUACUGAGGAGAAUAAUUCCAAAGAAGGAUCUGCGACCAUUUGCCUUCAGGGAGUCACCAUCAUCAUCAUGCAUGAUAUGAAUGAAAAUGCUCAAAGAAUCGAAGUGGCCAGCUUAUCUAUGACUGAUGUUAUAAUCGCCAUUAAUGCUAGAUCCAGAAUUGUAAAUUUACGUGCUUUCAUAGGAGAUCUACAAUUAGACAACCAACUAUUUGAUCAAGGAGGUUUCGAUUUUCCAGUAGUACUGAUCAGCCAAAGUCCACUUACAAUGAAAGAAACAGCAUUUUAUACGAGCAGUUGUUUAAUAAAUAAAAUAGAACAAAUAAGAGAAAAUUCGUUAAUUGCGAUUGAUUAUGUAUUAGAAAAUCAAGGACAAUUAAGAGCAUCAAAAGACUUACAUAUAAAAAUUGCACCAAUUAGUGCCUAUAUUGAAGAUACAUACAUAACUCAAUUACUAAAUUACGCAACUUCAAUGGUACCACCUCGAUUUUUGAUACCAGACGAUGUGAAAAAGACAAGAACGUUAGUUUCAACUAUCGGAGUGUACAUUCCUGAUUAUAUAGUGAUUGACGCGAGAAUAUUAAGCGCCCCAUUAAGAUUACAAAAUUUAAAGAUAGACCCUGUCUCUAUCUUAUUAAGUGUUCAUACUUCUGUACGUUUAUAUGUGGCUUUAGAUCACUCUCCUUUAUAUUUUGGUACUUUUGAGAAGAAGAGUAUUUUAACUACACCUUAUAGACUGGGCAAUGCUCUUACAAUGCAUUACUUGUCUGGUGCUAUAUUUGGAGCAGGUUGGGUAGUAGGAUCAUUAGAAAUAUUAGGUUCUCCUGGCAGCUUAGCACAAGCUCUUGGUUCAGGACUUCGAGAUUUUAUUUCUCUCCCGUUUCAAGGCUUGUUACAAGGACCGUGGGGUUUCAUCGUUGGAAUAACACAUGGCUCUGCCAGUUUAAUGAGACAUGUUACAGCAGGUACGUUAAAUUCUGUAACAAAACUCGCAUCGAGCGUAGCUCGAAAUUUAGAUCGUCUGACACUCGACGAGGAACAUCUUCAACGGCAAGAAGAAUCCAGGAGAAUGCGCCCUCAAGGAAUGGCACAAGGACUAUACCAAGGCUUAACAGGGCUUGGAAUGAGUCUUCUUGCCGCAGUUGCGGGUUUGGCUCAUCAUCCUUUACAACAAGUUUGGUCAGGAGAAAUAACAACGAAAAGUCUUGUGACUGGUGUUGGACUUGGACUUGUUGGAGUAGUGACUAAACCUCUAAGUGGAGCUGCUGAACUAGUUGCGUUAACAGGACAGGGGUUACUUCAAGGAGCUGGCUGGAAUUCUUUGCCUUCGCCUCGACAACGACCAGUGGUUCAAUACACUACCGGAAAUAAUAAUGCAACGAUUAGAUAUGCUUGGUGGUUGUUACCUUUACUUGAAAACAAUCAUGGGAAUAUUUUGCAUGUUACUAAUGCAGAUUACGUGAUCCAGCAAGGCAGUAGUCGUGCUAUAACAUUAGUUCUGACACGACAUGCAUUGUUGCUAGUUAAUGCAGCUGAAGAUAAUGUAGAACGGAUAUAUUUAUUGAAAGAUUUAACAAACGCCGAUCACCAUUUGGAAUCAACAAUAUGUUUGUAUUGCUGCCCUGAAACAACACAAACUAAUAGAUCUAUAUCUCCAGCACCGUACGAAAUGGAUCGAGAAAUGCGAGCACGAGUAGCUGAAUAUGUACGAACUAGCAGUACUGGUUUAGCUAGUGUUUCUACAAACAGCGAUAUACAGUCCGAUAUAUUUGAGAACACUACUCCCAACUCUGACCGUACGCUUACAUUUUACGUUUCACCAGAUUCACGCAACUAUUUAUUAUCGUUGUUUAACAUCGCUAAACGGCAAAGUCAAGGUAGCGGAUUUACGGUGUUAUAAUGAAUAAA